CUUUUCGUCGUCAUUGUCACUCGCAUUCUUCCGAUACCUUUCCCAACCUCUGGGGCAGAAGAAGACCGUACAGUUCUCCCUUCCGAAAUCCCCAUGAAGAGCCCAAUGUCUGGCCAUGCUUCAGCUCUGCUCUCCUGCUUCUGACCAUCGGAGGGCGAUGUAGUUGUUUUAUCCAUCUUAUUUUCCUUUCCAUCGAUCGAGUUUCACCUGUCAUUUCUUUUAGAUAUUAGCUCCUUCAGUUUGUUGUAGCUAUAAUGGGGUCGGUGGCGGGUUGGUCGGAUGACGAAGAACGGUCAGUGAUCGCUGAUAAGGGAGAAAUUACAUUCAUAGAUCAUCAGCAGGACCAGUCCCUGAUUAGCUAUAAUCCCAGUGACGAUGGCCCAAUCGUGGUCUCUGUCCCGUUCCCCUUUAUGAAUGGACAGCCUCAGUCAGUCACGGUGGGGGAAACUGCUUCCGACUCCAUCACAAUCAAGAACAACACGGAUGAGCCCAUCGAACUCUGGACCAUAAACAUCUACAGUUCCAGUCCUGAGGACUCGUUCAAGCUCUCUUUGAUGGAACCUCCUAAGUCAAAAGCGGGAGAAGACACGGCCCGAGGUUUCCGUGAGACCACAUGCUUGGAGGAGCGGACCGUACAACCUGGGCAGGAAUUGACUGUUUGGGUAUUCUCUAAGCCUGAACGGAUUGGGAAGCACACCACAGCUGUCCAUUUCGAUGUUGGAAGCAGGGUAAUAGAGAGACUCAUCUUUCUGAUGGCUGAUGACAAGAUCUCCCGGGCCCUCGCUUCGAACAAGCCCUACUCGAAAGAGCCCAAGAAGAAGCACUUUGAUUUAAAUGACAAUAAUUAUGUGAGGGGGCGUCGUCCUGCUCCUGCAAAGUUGAAAGGGAUGCGGGGCAAAGGCUCUAAGAAGUUUAAGCUCCCUCAAUUUCCAAUCCCUGGGGAAGUCCGAGAGAUCUUGGAGAGGAGGCAGCUUCCUGAUUCUAUUAGAGGAGGUCUGGCGGCAGAGAAUUAUGUUGAUUUCUUCACGGCUUUACUAAACUUGGAAGAGUUACAGCUGGAGGAGGACGUCAAGGCUUUCAAUAUGGAGCGCGUCUCAAUGAGGAGGAAAGGGUCGCAGUUCGUUACCCUGGAGGUACCUGGACUUGCCGAGAGGCGCCCUUCGCUUGUUGCUGGAGACUCUAUUUUUGCGAAGAGGGCUUCAGACGACCCAAACGACGGCAACAAAGUACACGAGGGUGUUGUCCACCGGGUUGAAGCCGACGAAGUCUAUUUGAAGUUUUCUGAGGAGUUCCACGGAUACCAUUGGGACGAACAUCGGUACAACAUUCAGUUCACCUACAAUCGACUCAAUAUGAGGAGGAUGUAUUGGGCUGUCAAUGAAGCGACAAACUUAGAAAAGGCUGUCCUCUUCCCAACUGCUAACCAUAACAAGAGGCAGAUCCGAACAACUCCUUUUGUUCCUAUAACUUGUGUCCUCAACGAUGAGCAGAAUUUUGCUGUCAAGAUGAUCUUACGUUGUCGAGGGGGAUCACCUUAUGUGAUUCAUGGGCCUCCUGGAACUGGAAAGACUAUUAUUAUAGCUGAAGCUAUUCUCCAGCUCUAUAAAGGUCGUGGAGAUGCUCAAAUACUUGUGUGCACACCUUCAAAUAGUGCUGCCGACCACAUUUUGGAGAAGCUCCUCAAGGAAAAAGCUGUUGAAGUGAAUGAAGAGGAGGUUUUCCGGCUAAAUGCCUCUAGUCGUCCCUACGAAGACAUCCACCCUGAUCUUCUUCCUUUCUGCUACUAUGAUGAACUUGAAGGUGUUUUCAAGUGUCCCCCACUUAGAUUUCUCAAAAGAUGUCGAAUCGUUAUUACAACAUACAUGAGCGCGUCAAAUCUCUUAGCAGAAGGAGUUGAGCGAGGCCAGUUCUCCCACCUCUUCUUGGACGAAGCGGGGCAGGCAUCAGAGCCGGAGACUAUGAUUCCAAUAUCAAGCCUAUGCCGAAGGGACACUGUAGUUGUUCUUGCAGGCGACCCAAUGCAACUUGGCCCUAUUGUGUACUCCAAAAAGGCUGAGUGCCACGGGUUGGGGAAGUCGUAUCUUGAGAGGCUCUUUGAGAGUGAGCCCUACUCCAGUGGAGAUAAAAAUUAUGUGACGAAGCUUGUCAGGAACUAUCGGUGCCGCCCGGAGAUUUUGCAUCUCCCUUCUACGCUAUUCUACGAGGGUGAGUUAAUUGCAUGCAGGGAUGAGUCAAGUUACUUGGAAUCUCCAACAGACUUCCUUCAGAACAACGAUUUCCCGAUUCUUUUUAUUGGUAUACAAGGUUGUGAUGAGAGGGAAGGGAACAACCCUUCUUGGUUCAAUCGAAUUGAGGCAAGCAAGGUAGUCGAAGUCAUUGACAAACUCCGAGAAAGUGGGAAGCUGACCCAGGAAGACAUUGGGAUUAUCACACCAUACCGACAGCAAGUGCUGAAGCUGAGGAAAGCCCUCGAGAUUAUGGAAAUGCUCGAUAUUAAGAUUGGAAGCGUUGAGCAGUUCCAGGGGCAGGAGCGACAAGUUAUCGUGGUUUCUACUGUUCGCUCGACGGUGAGGCACAAUGAGUUUGAUCUCAUCCACUGCUUAGGGUUCUUGAGCAACCCGAGAAGGUUUAACGUGGCCAUGACCCGUGCUAUAUCUCUACUUAUAGUUGUUGGGAAUCCACAUAUUAUCUGCAAGGACCCAUAUUGGAACCAGCUCUUAUGGUACUGCGUGGAGAACGAUGCCUACCAGGGAUGUGCUCUUCCUGAAAAAACUGAGCUUGCAAUUCCUGAGCCCGUACAAAGCAUGAAUCCUAAAGACGAUGCUCAUGCUCCAUUUCAAGAUGGAAACAGCAGGGGCUCAGAGAACUGCGGUUUUCAAGGGGGAGACGAAUACGAUUGGGGUCAAUACUGUGCGCAAACAGCGCUUCCUGUACCGUGUACCAAUGAAGAUGAAUGGUCCGAUGGGUGGAAAUGAGCUUUUGCUAUCUGAGGUGGCAUAGAGGGCAUGCAAGUGAUAUGAUUAGCUGACCUUCCGCUAAUCUGUUUUUGCUUCAUGAGCGAUUUAUUUAGGGCUGUUGAGAAAGGGACUCAGCAGCAUAAUGGCAUGUACCUAAAUCUAUAUGAGCUUCAUUACCCUGAGCUGAGGCCCUAAAUUUUUCUUGAGAAGCCUCAUUAUUUAUCGUGAAACCAAACUGAUGCUUCGUUUUUCUGAAGCAAAGUAUCCAGUUACGCACACGAAUAUUCACAUCUGUGUGCAUGUAACUGCUUUUGCUCUGCAGUGAUGGUUUAUGUGAUUAGACCUUCUUAUCAAGUUAUGGCUAUUAAUGCAAACUGUUUUCUCUUCA